UAUCUCUUGCCUCAGCAACAGAAGAACCUUGAAGGAUAUGUGGGGUUUGCAAAUCUUCCAAAUCAAGUUUACCGCAAGUCUGUGAAGAGAGGAUUUGAAUUCACGCUCAUGGUAGUAGGUGAAUCCGGACUGGGAAAAUCAACAUUAAUCAACUCAUUAUUCUUAACAGAAUUGUAUUCUCCAGAGUAUCCAGGUCCUUCUCACAGAAUUAAAAAGACUGUACAGGUUGAGCAGUCAAAAGUUCUAAUCAAAGAGGGUGGUGUUCAGUUACUACUUACAAUAGUUGACACACCAGGAUUUGGAGAUGCUGUGGAUAAUAGUAAUUGUUGGCAGCCAGUUAUCGACUACAUUGACAGUAAAUUUGAGGACUACCUGAACGCAGAAUCCCGAGUGAACAGACGUCAGAUGCCAGAUAACAGAGUGCAGUGUUGUUUAUACUUCAUUGCUCCUUCAGGACAUGGGCUUAAACCUUUGGAUAUAGAGUUUAUGAAGCGCCUGCAUGAAAAAGUGAAUAUCAUUCCACUUAUUGCCAAAGCAGACACACUUACACCCGAGGAAUGCCAACAGUUUAAAAAACAGAUAAUGAAAGAAAUCCAAGAACACAAAAUUAAAAUAUAUGAAUUCCCAGAAACGGAUGACGAAGAGGAAAACAAGAUUGUCAAAAAGAUAAAGGACCGUUUACCUCUCGCUGUGGUAGGUAGUAAUACAAUCAUUGAAGUCAAUGGCAAGAGAGUCAGAGGAAGGCAGUACCCGUGGGGUGUUGCAGAAGUUGAAAAUGGUGAACACUGUGACUUCACAAUUCUGAGGAACAUGUUGAUAAGAACUCAUAUGCAGGACCUGAAGGAUGUCACUAACAACGUACAUUAUGAGAACUACAGAAGCAGAAAACUGGCAGCUGUUACAUACAAUGGUGUUGACAACAACAAAAACAAAGGGCAGCUAACAAAGUAAGUUCUUGUGAAGGUUGUAUCGCACUCGAAUCUUCUUGCUCUGGUUUUUGGUCACUUG